AAAUAAUCCAAUGUAAACAAAGUACCGUAUUACAGAGACCAGUAGUGCUCGCAGUUUAAACAAUAACCUCACUAUUAAACAAUAAUAAUAAUUUAUAUAACACUUAAGACAUGCGUGAAUCAUAACUAAAAAACUUUCGCGGGCGAAGAUUCUAUUUUUAUUAUUGCAUGUUUAUAAAUCGCGAUAGAGUUUAAGAGACUAAUCUCUAAUUUUACGGUUUAAUAUCGGGUAAUGAUGUUUUUGUGGCGGCAAUAACGAAGGACUGGAUAGUUCGAGAUGAGCAUUUUCGCAAAUAAGUUAAUGUGUUUUUCCCUCUAUUUAGAUAACUAUAAAAGUUUGUGUGUCGAGUGAACGAAGUGUGGCCGUGAAAAUAUAGGAAAAGUUGUGAAUUGACCUUUUAGUGAAAUGCACGUUAUAGGAAAUUUAUGCAGAUGAUUCCGUGAAAGAGCAUCCCACUCAAACCGACUUCUCAAAUUUCCUAAAGGACAGUAAACACCCAUCCUCUUAGCCGAGGAUAGAAGUUAUCACCGAGAUGGCCGUUCUCCAGUAGGACAACUCAUUCGCCGCUAUCUGCCCGAUUCCAAUCCACCCCCGAAAUAAUAUGAACGCUUCUUUAUACGAAGAAGAGGAAAUUUUCAGAACGAACGUUACACUAGAACAAUGCCAAGCGCAAUACGCUAACGAGUCGCAAUUCUUAUCCCAACAAUACCCCGAAGGAUAUUGUAGGGUUACAUUCGAUAGGGUUUUAUGUUGGCCACCCUCGCCUCAUAAUACGACAGCGAGUAUCAAGUGUUUCUCGGAGUUGUUUAAUAUCAAGUACGACGAUACACAGAAUGCAACAAAGGAAUGUCUGUGGAACGGCACUUGGUCCAAAUCGAAUUAUUCCACAUGCAGGGAAAUUAUUACAUUACCUGCAGAUGUUGAGACACAGACUACAAUCUACUUCGUUGGGUAUACGUUAAGUUUGAUUACGCUGUUCAUUGCUAUGAUGAUAUUUACUUAUUUUAAAGAACUUCGAUGUUUGAGGAAUACGAUACACAUGAACUUGAUGUUAUCCUAUAUGCUAACAUACUGCAUGUGGAUAGUUACACUUAUUUCAUUGAAUAUUGGAGGAAGCAUCCUAUGUAUAAUCAUCGUAACACUUCUUCACUACUUCCACAUCACAACAUUUUUCUGGAUGUUUGUCGAAGGUCUCUACCUUUAUAUUCUCGUCGUGGAGACUCUAACCAGAGAGAAUUUUAAAUUGAGGGUAUACGCCUUCAUAGGUUGGGGAAUGCCAAUGAUAUUUGUUCUAAUUUGGGCUACCGUAAAGUCCUUUAUUCGUUCUCCUGAUGAUCCUGCUAACACUUGCCGAUGGUUCGACACCCAUCCAAUCGACUGGAUCUUCCAAGCUCCCACGGUCAUCGUACUCCUGCUGAAUUUGGUGUUCCUCCUGUGUAUCAUGUGGGUGCUGAUCACGAAGCUUCGAUCGGCGAACACUUUAGAAACGCAACAAUAUCACAAGGCGGCGAAAGCUCUACUGGUCCUGAUGCCGCUUCUUGGAAUUACUUACGUCAUCACGAUAUACGCCCCAAUGCCGGACGCUUCCAUCAACGUCUUCGAGUGCACGAGAGCCGUGCUCUUGUCUACACAGGGAUUUACUGUGGCUCUUUUCUACUGCUUCCUUAAUACUGAAGUGCAGAACACUUUGCGACAUCAUAUGGAAAAUUGGAAAACUAGACGAUCUUUAGGACCUAGAGGUUUGCGAUCCGGUAGCAGGAGUAAGGAUUGGUCUCCUCGGUCAAGGACUGAGAGCAUACGAUUAUAUAGUCAGCCGACCAACAUCUAUCACAAAAGGGAAUCAUGUACUUCGGAAAUUACUACGACGACGAUAGUGACGGUCAAUGGGGGCGGAACACGACCAACUAACGGCACCCCCAAAGCCAGAAGUCCCUUCUUGUAUCCGCCGAGGCCUAGCUACGGGGGGAAUGUGUAAAGUUCAUCGAAAAUAGUGUCUUGAAUGGUGGCCUAUGGGACGAUAGCGGGUUUUUUAUAUGUUUAUCGAGAAACUAAAUAGUAUAUAAAAUUGCAGUCACAACGUUUUUAAAUUAGGAUGGAUAUGAAAUUUAUAAAUAUAUACUUAAAUUAAUAUUAACUGCCCGAUAUGCAUAGACGUACCAAAAUCUUCUUAUAUGUAAUAUUUUAUUAGGAAAUUUUUGGGGAAUUUGGCAAAAAUAUUUCACAAGUGUACUCUUUUAAAUUUAUUCUGAGCUUUCGAGCAUGGAUAUGCUCAUUUUCAAGGAGCUACAAAAGUUAUUAAGAGGUGUUCAAAAAAAUUGUUAAUUUGAUUAAAAAUGAAAACUAGUUUAAAAAAGACAGAUAAUUGAUACAUUUUAUUUUAAAUUCAUUAUAGAGCAACAUCGAUGUUGACUAGUGAAGGUGGAUAACCUACACGUGGUUCACCACGCGCGAAAAAUAUAGUUUUAAGUCAUAUGUCAAUCAUCAAUUAAACCCAUCAUUGGCAAAAAAUAACACUUUGUGGCCUAUGUCACCUUAUGUUAUGUUGGGAAUGGGGUGUUAAUACACUGCUACCUAAAAGAUCUAUUGUGUCCCCUUCUGUCGUCAAUACACCAAGGAAAUGUCUCAAUGCCUAUAACGACCCUUCCAAUCCUAUUUUCUCAAGAAAGUGUAGGAUAUGAAGUGGCUUUAAGUUAGGUAAAUCUCCCUCUUCUAUUUGAUUUCCUCCUAGAUAUAGUGCCCUUGGAUUCUGGAGUGCUACACAUUCGGUUAGGAUGUGAAUGGAGGUUUCGUCCUCCUCCUCACAGAAUCUGCACUAACUAUCCUCUACUACUCUCAGUUUACUUAGGUGUCCUUUUAGUCCGGUAACAAUCCCUGUUACAAUAGGUUUGUAUCCGAAGCGAGUUCCUAACAUAUUGAGUAUGCGCAGCACAAAAUACCUGUUCCCGCAUAGCAAAGUUCCAAACAAGUUGAAUUUGUUUGGUGUUUCCGCAAGAUUAAAAACUUGUUCAUAACAUGUUUGUUAUUAGUUUUAAUAGUUCCUAAAUAAAAUACGAACUUUUACUUUUGCGCAUGCGUGCUCAUUUAAAAUAAUUUUUCUUCUUUUUCUCCUUUGUUUUCAAUUGGAUGUUUGGUUAGUUUUGUGAGUGCCUAUUUUCUUUAAUUUUGGUUAAAUCUUAUACAGCGUUGUAACAGCAAAACAUAACAAUAAGGAGGGUAGUUUUUAUUUGUGCAAUUUUCAAAUGAUCAUAAAGUAUAACCUCAAAAUCUUUUUUUAAUAAAUAUAAUCGAAUGAUCUGUAUUUUGUUAAAAUAGUCACCAACAUUAAUUUUUUUAAUGUUCCAGCACACAUUUAUUCAGAACUCAUUCCAAACAUUAUUCUGCUGACGCAUGCGUAUCAGAUAAUGUUUGUAACAAGUUUGGAACUCGCUUCGGGAACAAACUUAAUACGUAGCCUGUUCUUGCUCAGGCAGAUGCAGGCUUCCGAUCUUUUCUGGUUUUAUUCUUCCAGAAGUAUCGUGGCCUGUCUCCUGUUCCAAUUAUCGGUUCUUCUACUGUCCAAUUCUUUUUUAAUCUCACCUAAUAUUAUGUUACUGCUGAUUCCGUAGAACGGUUCAGGUCCUACAAAGGCUGUUUGGGCCCUUUUCCUUGCAAGACUAUCUGUAAUAUCGUUACCCUGUACCCCGUUAUGUCCCGGGACCUAAGUGAGAGUAACUCUAUUUUUCUCGCCUAGCUCAUUCAAUUGUUCUAGGCAUCUCUAGACCAUUUUUGAGCUGAUUACGUAAGAGCUCAGCACUUUGAUGGCUGCUUGACUAUCAGACAUGUCUAUGAUAGUUUCUCUCGAUGUUGAACUGGAUACACUUCUCGAUGGCGUGAAUUUCCGCCUGGAAUAUGCUUGGGUAUUUUCCCAAGCUUUCGGAGUGCUUGUUCUCGGCCCAUACACUCCUAUUCUAGUUCCUUCUAUGUUUUUAAAACCGUCCGUAUAACAAUGAAUAGCACGUCUUUCGGUUGCAAGCGCUAUGGAUUAUUGGCUCCAUUCUUUCUUGCAGCCCAGCUCUGUGGUUUUGAAGUUUUUCACAAAAUUGUACUUCUUUAGCAUUUCAUCCUGGGGCAUGUCCCAGGUAUCUUUAGUCCUGACUUUCGUCUGAUUACUCCGUUCCUGAUCAUUUUAUAUCGGGUCCUUUUUGCCACAUUCUCUAUCAAAUGUAGAGGGGUGAGGUUUAAGAUCACCUCUAUUGUGGCCGUAGGACAGGUUCUCAUUGCACCAGUAAUGCAAACACAGGCUAGUCUUUGUACUUUUGAAAUAUUAGCUCUCGUAAAAGCUAAACUAGUUCUGUUACUCCAGACUAUAGCCCCGUAAGUGAUGAUUGGUCCCCCUAUUGCAGUAUUCAUCCAUCGCAGAAGGUUUGGCUUACAUCCUCAUCGUUUGCCUGCAAUGUUUCUGCAUACCAUUAGGGCUUUUGUGGCCUUACUUACUACUUCCUUCUCAUGUGUAUUCCAGAGAAGUUUGUUGUCCAGGGUUAGGCCUAGAUAUUUGACUUUAUUUUUCUAUUCUAUAUCUAUCCCGUCUAAUUUAACGGUUUUGAGAUUAAGUUUUCUUUUCUUGAAAAGGCUACUAGUGUUGUUUUUGUAGGGUUUAUACUAAGUCCCACUUCACGGCACCAUCUUUUAGUAUGUUCUAGUCCUCGUUGGACUAUAUCACACAGGAUAUUACUAAACUUACCACUAGCAAAUAUGACUAUGUCGUCGGCAUAACCUUGACAGGGUAUGCCGAGGUCAGUCAAUCUGCAUAGAAGUUCGUCUACGGUUAGGCUCCACAUUAGUGAGGAUAUAACUCCUCCUUGUGGACAUCCUCUGGUGUCCUGCCCUAGAUGUGUUAUCUACUCCUCUGUAUGCAAGUGCUCUUUUUACAGAUUCGUGUGGCGUGUUGUCAAACGCUCCUUCUAGGUUUAGGAAGGCACACACGACCGUUUCUUUGUUUGUCAAUGCAUCCUGGAUUACGUAAGUCAACUGUACCAAGGCAGUUUCUGUAGAUAUUCCUGCUCGGUACGCGUGUUGGCUGUGAUGGAGUGGCACCCUCUCCAGGACGCAUAUUCGUAAAUCGCCGACAUAUUAGAUACUCGGAUCAGUUCGGUAUCGAACACAACAGCCUCGUAAAAUCUCGACGUGUUAGAACUAAUACGUCGGCGAUUUGCGAAUACGAAUUAUUUAUGCAUUGAUGUACAAUUAGAUACUAUUAGGAUAUGUAUAUUUUGAGUAGUUUAAUACUGCACAUAAUUAGGAAAAUUUGGUAAUUUAAAGUUAAAAAGGUUAAUUGUACAUUUAACAAAAGUAAAUACAGUAGAAAUUAUUGUCGCAUACAUAUUUUUAAAAUUUUAAAUUAACUUUUAUUUUUAGGUAAAAGGAAAUGUGCUAAACCUGUAGUUUACGUUGUCGCGGAUUGGACAUGCGCCAAAGAAAAUGUUUAGAAAUUCAUAAAAAUAUCUUAUUAUUGUAGAAUAUUUUGACGUAUUUUUUUCGUGAAACACCGACUUUUCUUGUCCCCAAAAGUUUGCCUACGCAUGCGCAACAUGCGGCGACGUAAAUAGCAGGAUUGCCGAAAAUUUCAUGUACCUAAGUACUGCUUUUUUGAUUAAGUUUAUUUUUUUUUAAUUAUCUCCUAAUAAUUCCACAUUAUUUUUAACACAUGUCGCCAACGAAUGAGGUGCUUUCGUAACUUUAUUUUUAAUUACUUGAUGUGCGAAAUUUGUUUUUGAAUGCAGUUUCAGGGGUAAAUGGAGAACAGUGGAGGAAAUGCAUUGAUCAUGUUAAAAAGGUGAAAAAUUCUAUUUGGAAAGUGGAUAUAGCAAUAGAAAACUUAAUAGACCCUUUAAUAAUAUACCCCAGAAAAGAUAAUGGUAAUAAUACCAGUAGUUUUUGAUUUUAAAUACUGAGGUGUUACUUUUAAUGCCAAAAGAUUUAAAAAAGUUUAAUCUCAUUAACAACAUAUAAUCUUUCUUUGUUGUUUAUUGGUUAAAUAGAAUUUGUUCAAUGUUAACGUGCAACAAUUUUGUCAGAAGCAUAAGGCUUAUUUUUAUUUUUUGUAAAUAAUAUAACUUUUAAUUUAAAAUUUAAUCUACGAAGUGCCUAUAUACCAUUUUAUAUGUCGUGAUUUUAUUUAUAUUACAGAAACUUAUUUUGCAAAAUAUCCCUAUGGAAUGUGACGUUAUAUUCCCACUUUUACUGCAUUCCUCUUUUAUUCAGACUAUGGGCAAUAAAAAAAGGAAAUAAAACUAAAAUUAAUUGUCUGAUGAGUGAUAAAUAAACAAACAUUUCUUGUUUCAUAAAUCGCCGACGUAUUAGUUCUAACACGUCGGGAUUUUACAAGUUUGUCAUUCGCGGCAUCGGACUUUUCCGAGCUCCUAACGUGUUGGUGCUUUACGAAUAUGCCUCCAGGACUACAUGCCUAAUAAUGUUAUUAACUUACUCAAACUUCACUAAAUAAAUUCAAGGUCUUGUUUUAAUAAUAUUAAAACAUCUUUAUUUUUAGUGGAUCGCUGCAUGGUUCACCCUGUAUAAAAAAUACACUAAGCGAAAUAUUUUAACCUCAAAAUUGUAAACGGGUAAAUAUUAAAUUAUAUAAAUAAUUUUUCUGUGGCGCAAUUAUAGAAUUAUUGACUCUUUGCAAAAAUAUAUUGUGAUUUAAUCGUGAUACACACUGUAACGGUAAAUAUAUCAAACUUUUUUUUAAUGAGAUUCUGACCAAAACUUAUAUUAAACUUAUAUAUGCUACAUAAAGUCAAUUUAUCUUUUCAGUUUAGAAGAAAAAAUAACUAAACUCAGCAAUUCUCCCCUUUAACGCACUGAAUCUUAAAAAAUGGUCCCAGAAUCGCAUUUAAAAUUCGCACAUUUUAAAAAGGUGAUACAUUUAUUAUAUACUUACUGAAAAAUAUAUUUUAUUCUAAAGGGAAUAUUUUAAAAUAUAAGGUGUUUUUUGUUUCUGUACUUUUCUUAAAAUAGAAUAUCUACCAACAAAUAAAUCACCCUGUAUCUUUUGAACAAAUUAAUUUAUAAAUAUAGGAUUUUUAUUUAAUCCUUAGAAAAACAUUUUAAAUUGUACGUUCGCACUAAUAAAUUACUAGAAUAUGUAGUAAACGUGUGUGGGCAACAUUCAAUCUAGCUCGUAUGUUUUAUUAUAAAAAUUCCGAAAAACCUGGUCAGUUUUCAACUUUAAUACCCCGUAUAUAAUUACACUUUUGGUUAAUAGAUUGGGUACAACAUACCAAAGUUUCAUAAAAUUUCACUGACUAUUCCCAAAAUCUAAUCUAAUUACUCAAAAUCUAAAAAUCUCUCAAAAAACCCGAGGUUUAAAAAAUCAUGAUUGCUACACUUUCCUUACUGUAUACAUGAAAGUAAAAAACUGAACAUUUUUAAGACACAACUACAAAAAAACGUAUUUUUUUUAGUAAUAGGUACCUACCUACCUACCUACCUACCUACCUACCUACCUACCAGAAUUUUGAAAAACUUCUUGGUAUAUGUUUAAUAACAAUGCAAAUAGGUAGGUAUGAUCCUAGUGAAAUAAUAUUGUGAAUUGCAAGUCAACCAGACAAAUAUCAUAAAACAAGUUAUUACAUACAAUAAAUAUAUUGUCUAAAACAAAAAUUAGUGUAUUUACUUUUAAUUCCAUUAAUAUUAUUACAAUAAUGAAUCAAAUAGGAUAGCGUCUGAUUCCACAGAUUCCGAAACAAUAAAUGUUGACAGAUACCUAUUAUUCGCCUUUUAUAUAAAAUGCAUUAUCUUACCUUUACUAAAUAAUAAUCAUGUAGUCCAACUAAUUCUUCAUAUUUCUAAUAUAACACAAAAACGAUAAAUAACAAUGUUUUUUCUUAAAAAAUGUUCUUUCACUACUACACACCUGCAGCCAUUUUAAUAUGUCAUAUUCUUAUUUGUGGAGUUUGUAAAUGAAAUCCAUAGCCUACUUAAUAAUUACAAAUUAUUAUGCUUUUGUACCCGAUUUGAAGCAUCUGCAAAUACGUCAAGAUUUGUAUAGGUAUUUUCUCGAAAAAUAGAGGUAGUUUGGUUAAAAUUAACUAAGUAACCGGAUGUUAAUUUUAAUUUUGUAUUCUGUUUUAUUUGGUUAAACUGUCAAAUACAUAUUUUUUCUUAUUCAAAAGGCUACGUUGGUUGGGCUUAAUUUGAAUGCACUUCUAGGUAUAAUUACAUCGUUGCCACGUCUACUUAACUGAAUUGAAUAGUAUAGGCACUGAGUAUAGAAUUGGAUUAAAACUUAAACAGCAUAGCUAUAAAAAAUACUGAUCGUUCGAUUAAAAAUUAUGUAAUUUAUUUCUUUACAGAUGUACAGGGUGUUAAAAUUACCUAUCUGAUUGAUUUUAAUAAAAUUUUUACAGUUUGUUGACAAAUUUAUGAAGUGGGUUUCGAACGAUUAUGUUAGAUGAUUUUACAGAUUAUACAGUGUGAAUCAAAAACUGUGUCAUCUGAGUUUUUUUAAAUAAAAUUUCAAAAACAAAUGUUACGUUUGAGCAGAGCAAGUAGAUUUUUUAGUCACGUGACAUCGAGCAAAUCAUAUCAAUGGAGCAAAUGAAAAAAGAACGGUUUCGAGUAAAAAAAAAAAACAAAACGAGGUACUUUGCAAAUGCAGCAAAUAUAUCAAGUACGAGGGAACUUCUUUUUUAAUAUACAGGAUGUUAUUUUUUUUAACGGUGUCUUAUUAGUAUCUAAAAAAGAUUUUGACCCAUUUUAGUGAAAUUUUCACAAUUUGUUGAUAACUUCAUGAAGUGUGUUUCGGAAUGAUUUUACAUGAGUUUACAGGUCAUACAGUGUGAUUAAAAUAGUUUGCGUUAUCUGAUUUUUUUAUUAAUAUCUCAGAAAAACUUUUUUUUAAGAGAUGGUAGCGUAAAAUCAAAUAUUAACUAAAAAUAAAUAAUAAUAAAAAAAAUAACAUGUAUUCAACAUAAAACAUUGUGCAACAGUUUUUGCACACUAUAAUUUUUCUACGACCACAAUUUUUAGGUUUUACGAAAUAAAACAAGGUAUAUAAUAUAUUUUCAUUUGUUUUUAAAGAGCGAGUAGUAGAGCUAGGCGUCAUAUAUGCAACGACAUAUAUUUAUGUGAACGUAGGUAUACAGGGUACGGUGGUCCAGUUUGUAUCGUCAGUAUUUUACCAGCCAAUAAUUUAUUAUAAAAUAAAUAUUGUUUGUCCGAUACAACAUUGUUUAAUUUUAAUUUCUUUUUGAUAUACAGGAUGAGAAUUUUUUAGUAGUUUUUUUAUUAAUUUACAAAAGAUUUUGACCGAUUUUAUAUAUAUUUGUGUUUUAAUUAUUUAUUAUCUGACUAUCUAGAUCCUUUUGAAAUUUUCCUACAGCUUCAAAUGUUUUACUUCUACAAUGCUAUGGGUAUAAGAACUUUCUUAAAAAACAUGUAGAAACGCACAAUAGAGAACUAAUUUGACUAUUUCAUUUUGUAAAUCUUGAUCUAUCUUGGUCUUCACAGAUUGUGUUUGAAUCAUCUUACUCAACGUAAUAAAUUAAUUAAGUUGACUAUCUCCCUAGACCAAAUAUCAGCGACUAUUUCUCUAGAGAAAUAGUCAAUAUUUGGUCUAGUGAAAUAGUCUUUCCAAAUAUAACACAACCUUGAUUAAUAUUCUGCUAUUUUUGUUGUUGCUAAAUUUCUCGAACAUUUUACAAUUUAAUUCUACAUAAUUUUGGCAUUAAUAAUCAAUUGAUUAAUAUCAAAAUAUUCUCGAGAUUUAGAUUCAAUAAAAAUAGCUGACUAUUAUCAAGGUCUUGGUAUAUUACUCACGAUAAUUAAUAAUUGAUAAUUAUACCUGGUUCAUUUAGAUGGUUAUAUGCAAAACAAAUCAAUGUAUUUCCACAAUAAACUUAUUUUCAGUCUAGUAUACCCAAUAACUAUGCCAUUUUUAUUUAACUUCCGUUUUUGUUUUCUUUUUUAUUUUUUCCUAUCAACUUCGUUACAAUUUGAUUCUUUACCAUAUAAGAGCAGAAAACAAUUUAAAAAUGUGGUAUUUUUGUGUUGUUAAUUUUAAGUUGAAUUACAUAUGAACUGGAUUAACCCUUUUCCCUGAAGAUGGUCCAUAUUUGUUUUUAAUGGAACUUUCAACUAUUUUCUUUAUGUAGAUAAGUUGGCUAUGUUACUGGCCUCUUAAUAUUAAGAAAUAAGCCUAAUCAAAUCCUAAAUUCAAAAAUUUUAAAUUCUGCCAAAAAUAGUUAUUAUAAAAUAAAAUCAGCAUCAUAUCAAAUUAUCAAUUCAUUUAUUUAUAUUUAUCUAAAAAGCACUUGAUUUGUUCGUGUUUUUUAUUCUUCUUUCUUGGAUUAUAUUCUGAAUAUCUAAAGGAAAAUUUAUUGAAUUAAAAAUUCAACAAAACUGCACUUUAAGAAAGUGUAUGAUAUCUGAUUUUCAUAACCAUUCUCGAUUUAAAAAAAUGUGAACUGCUUAUACUCUGCUAAAAUAAUUUGACACCGUAUAUUCUUCAAUAUAUCUCAGGUCCUAAACAUGGAAUAUUUUUUAAACAAAAUAAAAUAUUUUGACAAAAUAGCCCAUAUUAAAUAAAUUUAAAGACAUACCAUGAACACAGUUUAGGUUUUGGUAUUUUAGGCAGAAAUUAUUGUAUGUUUAUUUAGUUAAGGUUGAUGUAUAUAUAUUUUUUUAUAAAAAUAUUUAAG